GAUCUAUCCAUCUUGAUUUUAUCGAACUCUAGUGUUUAUUGGGGAACUCUAGACUUCUGCAAUAUUGAUUAUUUUGUUUGUUUUGUGCUAAACCUUGUUCGGCUUAUUCAAUGUAGAAGUAUGAAUACCCGCAACAACCGUAACCGUCAGCCAUCCCCGCCUCUUUCUCUGCCUCGUCAUCAUCAGGCCCCUCCGGCCAUGGAUAUUACUCAGCUCAUAGUUCAGUUUCAGAGAAUGAAUGCACAACCUUUCGCGGGGACUGAGAACCCCACAGCGGUGCUAGAGUGGAUCAAAGAACUGGAUAAGAUCUUCACUGUACUUCCCCUCCCUGACCGACAACGGGUAUCCCACGCAGCUUAUCAGAUGAAAGAGGACGCUUCCGACUGGUGGAUUGACCACUGGGCUCGGAGGCCAGAGGCGGAGCUUCAUGCACUCUCUUGGGAGCAACUGAAGAUGAUGGUGCGUGGCAAGUUCCUUCCUCAGAGCUUUUCGGAUUGGAUGGAGCACGAGUUCUACCAUUUGCAGCAGGGCUCCACAAUGGAUGAGUAUAUUCGCACUUUCACACGAAUGUGCCUUUUUGCUGGUGAUGCGGUGAAUACCGAUGCAAAAAAGGCCAGCAAGUUUUUCAAGGGGCUCAAUCAGAGGAUCCGUGAACUGGUGGGGAGUCACGGACUAAUGUCUUACGCGGAUACCAUGAGUCGGGCUCAGGAGGUAGACAGUUGUCUUAUUCCGUUAGCUCCAGUUUUUUAUUUUAUCAUGCCUCCCAGCCUUCUCAAACCGUUGUUCAGCAUGCCCAGCCACUCUCAUCCGUGCCGCCCGGCUCUAGUUCGGGCAAGAGAAAGUCCGACUUCCAGAAUAAGAAGAAAGGAAAGAAGGGAAAUUUUGAUAGGCGCGACAACUGAUCCUCCACUGGCCAAGCCUACACGAAAUGCGCAGAAGACUGGGGGUCAGGCCCGUGUCUAUACCAUUACCCAUGAUGAGGCCGCCCGCAACACAGGUACUAUGUCCGGAAUACUUUCUAUCUCCAACGUGCUUGUCUUUGCAUUAUGUGAUACUGGUGCUACCCAUUCCUUUAUUUCUUCUCGUUGCUUGGAGGCCUUAUCUAUUAGCACUGUGAAUUCUUGUGAUCCUCUCGAGGUUAGUUUAGCCUCGGGAAAAAUUAUUAUCUCUGAUUCAGUGGUUCACAAUCUUCCUAUUUGUAUUGGUGGUCGAGUUCUGGAGGCCGACGUGUAUGUAAUUGAAAUGCGAGAUUUUGACGUGAUCUUGGGCAUGGGCUGGCUCACCCGUUAUCGAGCUGAUAUCCGGUGCCAAGAGCGCGAAGUCACCCUCUAUCCCGUUUCCGAUCAGCCUGUUGUGUUUUAUGGGGUGAAUUCGAGGACUGUGCCUCGAGUCAUCUCUUUUAUGCAAGCUAGGAAGAGCCUUUCCAAGGGUAGCUGUCAAGGCUAUCUUGUUUCCUUGGUAUCCGAUGUUGUUGAUGAGCGGGUACCUGAGAGAGUAUCCAUCGUUUGCGAAUACCUCGACGCUUUUCCUGAUGAUUUGCCCGGAGGACCACCAGACUGCCAGGUGGAGUUCACCAUUGACCUAAUUCCAGGAGUCGGCCCCAUUUCUAAGGCCGCUUAUCGUAUGGCGCCGAAGGAGCUUCAAGAGCUCAAGGCCCAGAUCCAGGAGUUGCUUAAACUCGAUUUUAUUCAUCCGAGUGUCUCGUCGUGGGGUGCGCCCGUCCUAUUCGUGAAGAAGAAAGAUGGAUCUAUGCGCAUGUGCAUUGACUAUCGGGAGUUGAAUGCCCUUACAGUCAAGAACAAGUACCCCCUUCCCCGUAUUGAGGACCUUUUCGACCAGCUGAGGGGAGCCAGUGUCUUCUCAAAGAUUGAUUUGCGUUCUGGCUAUCAUCAGCUGAAGAUCCGGGAGUCGGAUAUUUCUAAGACUGCUUUUCGUACCCGUUAUGGCCACUAUGAGUUCAUAGUUG